AUGGGUAUUCGACAGCUGGCGAAGCUUAUUGUGGACCAUGCGCCACGAGCAUAUAAAGAACAAGAUAUUCGGGCGCUCUUUGGGCGGGUCAUCGCCAUCGACGCGUCUAUGUGCAUCUACCAGUUCCUUGUGGCGGUGCGUACGGCGGACGCUGCCAACCUCACCAACGAGUCUGGUGAGAUCACCUCGCACCUCUCGGGAGUAUUUUACCGCACCAUCAAACUUCUGGAGCUGGGUAUCAAGCCCAUAUACGUCUUUGAUGGCAAAGCACCGGAUCUCAAAGCAAAUGAGCUCGCAAAAAGGAGAUCCCGGCGAGAGGAAGAUGAGCAGGCCGCAGCCAAGGCUCGCGAGGAGGGCGACCUCGAGCUCUAUGCAAAGUACGCUCGACGGGUGAAUAAAGUCUCCGCGGAGACCAUCGACAAUGUGAAGCGUUUGUUGCGCCUCAUGGGGAUACCUGUUGUCGAGGCGCCCAGCGAGGCUGAGGCCCAGUGCGCUGUCCUCACCCGAGCAGGUCUUGCCUAUGCGACAGCCAGUGAGGAUAUGGAUGCGCUCACGUUUGGUACACCGCUUUUGAUAAGGAAUUUGUUUGCAGCGCUGGCAUCUGGAGCCGAACGCAAAGAUCGCAAACCGAGCGAGUUCUCGUUAGCGAUAACGCUAGAGGAUCUGGGCAUCUCUAUGGAUCAAUUUAUCGAUAUAUGUAUUCUGUGUGGUUGCGACUAUACCUGUACGAUACCGAAAAUCGGGCCCUAUCGGGCUUUGAUGCUGGUCAAACAGCAUGGCUGCAUCGAGGAGGUGCUUGCAUCGCUGCGGGAAUCCAACCACCCGAUACCCGAUGAUUUUGAUUACCUCGGAGCACGAGGACUCUUUAAAGAGCCGCACGUCAAGGAUGCUGCAGAUAUUGAACCGCUUUUGGAAUGGCAUGCUCCUAACGAAGAAGGACUCGUGCAGUUCCUGGUCCAGGAGAACAGCUUCAAUGAACAGCUGGUGCGCAAAGCCGUGGAACGCAUGACGAAAGCCCUGCGAUCGGGGGUUGCAAAUCAGUCGCGGCUGGACAAUUUUUUCAAGCCGAAAACCUUGCCCAAGAAGCAUGAGCCAGAGCGGCCAUCAUCGAAGAGGAGCACGAAACGAGCACGCAAAACCUAA